AUGAAUUUAUUCGAAGUUGAAAUGGCACGUUCAGAAGAACUUGAUUUACGAAAAGCCAUUAUAUCAACACGUAUCUUUAUUAUAUUAUUAACAUUUACUCUCACCAUUCUUACAGUUUAUUCGGCGUUGGAUGGUCAAAAUCAAACGAUUAUCGUUCUAAAUCCAACUCAAUCUGAUUUCGAAAAUCUUUAUCGAAAAUAUCCAAAUACAUUAGCAUGUCCAUGCACGGAUAUUGCCAUUCCAUAUCGUUCAUUUAUUUCAAUAAUUCCAGAAUAUCAUCCAGUUUGUUCAAGUAUCUUCGUUUCUGAUAAUUGGAUCAAUAUAUUAUUUAAUCCGAAUAUAAGUUAUUAUUAUCCACUUGAUUUUCGUUCAUCUGCAAGUGGUCAAUUCCAAAUACUUUCUUCAUUUUGUUCUCUUUCUAAAAGAUUUGUUAAUGAUACAAUUGAUGAUUUUCUUUCAAAUGUUUUUCUGACUCCGGUUGUUCUUUCAUCAUAUUUACUUGAUCUUCAAAGUCAAGCACAAAGUUCAUUUAUACAAACAUUAACGAGCAAUACUUUUCGACAAUUACUUCAAUUAGUUCGUAGUACAACGUUUACUAAUCAAUUGCAAACAGCUUUACGAACUUCAUCAUAUUUAGGAUUCUAUAUUUUUCCGAAUGGUAAAACAGCAACAUAUGCAAUUCAGAAUUUUUACUCUAGUAAUAAUAACACAAUAUGUUAUUGUGGUUUACAAUCUACUUGUUCAUCAUCAGUAUGUGGUUUUUUUGAUUUAUUUGCUUAUGAUACUAAAGGUGACUGUACAUCUUCGAUGUCACUUAUAGUCAAUGUACCUGGAUUUGUAGCUGGAUGUUAUGCCAUUGAAUCACUUCUUCAAUCGACACUUGAAUGUUUUUUUGAUUCAACAUGUAUAAAUACUGUACUACGAUUCCUUUCGAAUAAUAAUAUGACAGAUAUUAAACAACUAGAUGUUAAUCAAACUCAAUUUUUACCUCGAACUACUAUUGAUACACUUUUUACUAAUUUAUUUAUUGAAAAAUGGUCAACAAUAAGUUCUUUCACAGAAUAUUAUAAAAAAUGUUCUCCCAUUCUAUGUACAUAUACGUUCAUUCAACGUAAUAGUGCUCUUUAUAUCAUAACAAAACUAUUAAGUCUUUACGGUGGACUAGUUAUUGUACUUCGUUUUUGUGUACCUUAUAUCAUUAUUUGGUGGUAUAACCGUAAAAACAAUCAAACAAGAAAUAACACACAAAUUCGAUUAAUUGAACGUCGUCGCAUGUUAUGGAGAUUGGUUAUAGAUAAAAUACGCAAGCUGAAUCUAUUUAAUACAAAUAUUACGCGAAAUGAUCCUUUUGAAUUAAAAACAUCAAUAAUAUCUACUCGUAUCUAUAUCAUUCUCGUAUGUGUAUCCGUAUGUAUUCUAAUUAUUUAUGUAUCAACAAAUACUCGUACACAAACAUUUACUAUUCUCAAUCCAUCACAAAAUACUUUUGAAGAUUUAUAUAUGAAAUAUUCAAGUAUAGUUAAAUGUCCAUGUAAAACAAUUGCUAUUCAAUAUGAUAAUUUUGUUUCUGAAUAUUCUCAAUAUCAUCCUGUAUGUUCAAGUUUAUUUAUAUCUGCAGCAUGGUUAGCUUCAACAUCAUAUUUGAACUGGCCCGAUCAAGCAGAACGUGUAGUCGAUUUUAAAGGUUCUGGUCAAACAUUUUUCGUUGCUUUGCAAACAUUAUGUUCACUUGCUAAAACAACAGUAUUCAAUGCUUGGUAUAAUUUUAAACAAUCUGCAUACAUCACUGACCAGGUUGUAUCUAAAAAAGAAAUGAUAGAACAUAUACAAACAACACUUAAUCAAUUUCAUUCAAACACAGUAGCUCAAUUUAAACAAAGUCUUACACUUAUUCAAUUUCAUUCAAUUAAUAUGUAUGCCGUAGGAGCUGGCAAUGUUCGUUUAGAAACUUAUACCUCAGCUAAUUCCACUAAUCAAUAUUUGGCCUUUUAUUAUAAACAGGUAUAUUGGGAUAAUUGUUCUUGUACAUUAAAUGACAAUUGUGUGUCUCCAAUGGGUUUUUAUAAUUAUUCUCAAAAAGAUUUGGCUUAUCCAAGUUCUUUAAUAUUUAAUAUACCACAGUUCUUUAUUGGUUGUUUUGUCUUACAAUCUGUUCUUCAAUCAUCACUUGAAUGUUUUUUCAAUCAAACAUGUUUAGAUGCUGUUCAAUUUCAAAUUCGUUCAAGUCAAUCAAUUAAUAUAACUAUUCUUCAAGCAAAUACAACUCGAUUUUUACCUGAAACACUUAUUAAAGUCAUAGUCGAUAAUCUCAUGCUCGAACAAUGGGGUGAUAAUAUUCAAUAUAGUCAAUAUUAUCAACAAUGUGCACCUGAAUCUUGUUCUUAUACAAUUACAUCACACAAUGAUUUUUCAUAUAUUAUAACACUUUUAAUUAGUUUAUUUGGUGGAGUUUCAAUGGCAUUGAAAUUAGCCAUUCCUAUCAUUGUCCGUUGGAUACGAAAUCUGUAUCGACCCAAUAUCAAUCCAAUAGAGAUAUUUAUUCUACGUUUAGUUCCUUCUCCUAGAAUUUUUCAACGGCUAUGCUUAGUAUGGAAUAAAUUUAAGAUGAAGAUAAUAAAUUUGAAUAUAUUUGAAAGUGAAUUAUCAUAUAAUAAUGAUCAUCGUCGUCGAAAAGAGAUAAUUAAAACUCGAAUCUAUAUUUUAUUACUUACAAUAAAUAUUACAAUACUUAUUAUUUAUAAUUCAUUUUCUAUUCAAACUCAAUACACAAUAAUCUCACAUCCAUCUCAAGAAACAUUCAAUAAUCUUCUAAUGAAUCUUCAAUAUUCGCCAACACUCGAAUGUCAAUGUCAGAAUAUAACUAUUCCCUACAAUUCUUUUAUUUCGAUCAGUCCUUAUUAUCAUCAACUUUGUUCGAGUGACUUUAUUAAUAUGAAUUCUGGUUGGAUUAAUAUGCUGUACUCAUAUGGAAUCGAUGAAGAACAUCCAUAUGAUGACUUUCAAUUAUUUGCUUUACCACAGUUUCGUACAUUGUCUUCAUUAUGCAAUCUUGCUAAUCAAACAUUGACCGAUAGUUUAACUUCAUUUGCCUCAGAAGUACUGAUUAAUAAACAAGUACAAUCUCGUGAAGCCAUUGAAUCACAAGCUGAAACCAUUAUAACUCAAUUUCGUUUAUCAACAUGUCGAACAUUUGUUCGUAUGCUCGAUUUUAUUCGUGAGAUGGCUCAAGGUAAUGGAAUUGUUUCAACUAUUCAAUCGAAUUGGUAUUUUCAUUCAAUAAACAGAAUACAGUUUUCAUCAGUGUGGGCUACACCACGUUCAUAUGGUGAUGAAAAUAAUUGUUCUUGUGGUACAAACUCUAUGUGUACUUCUCUCGCACUAAUCAAUGGUUCAUUAAUACCUGGUUUUCGUAUUGGUUGUUAUGUACUCGACUCUCUUCUUCAAUCAACUUUAGAAUGUCUUUACGAUGUUAGUUGUAUUGAUCAAAUCAAAUAUCUUUAUAAUGUUACAAAUAUCGUUAUUCGUCCACUCAAUCAAAGCUUUUCUUUUCCAAAUGAAACUGUUCAAAGUCUUGUUGAUAAUCUUCUAAUUGAUAAAUUGGAAAGCAAUGUGUCUUAUGAACAAUAUUAUGCUGUAUGUUCACCUCUCUCGUGUACAUAUUCAAUCAACAAACGAGUUAAUCCAAUAUAUAUUAUAACAGUCAUUAUCGGUCUUUAUGGUGGAUUGACUGUUGCAUUGAAACUUGUGACUUCUCUUCUAAUGAAAAUACAAUAUUAUUUCAUGAUAAUUAUUCGAAGAAGAAGAAUCGAACCAGUCGUUCACAUUAUUCCAGAAAACUAA